UUCAACUAAAUAAAAAGAAUAAUUUGAUGUAAAACGUCAAAAAACAUACAGGGAUUUUAAAGAACCCUUCAAAAAUGAAAGUAUAAAUCGAACACAAAAACAUCAAGCUCAUUUCACCUACCUAUACAGAGAAUGGUACAACCAAAUAAAUCUUCAAGAAAGUUCCUGACAGAGGGCAUUUACAGAACCAACCAUGAAUUCAGAAGGGAUAUUGCGGAACCCCAAGCAGCACCAAGAAGAUCAUCAAAAAAUACCAUCGCAGAAAAUUGUACACAAACCAGCAAAACAAUCAUACAGCUAGCAAAGUUAGAAAUGAACGAUAUGACACCGGAUAGUUUAAGUCCUAAAAGUGAUAACACUGGAAAAGAAAGUCCAAAAGCGAGUCCAAAACCAUAUGUAGAAGAUAUUUAUUUGCCGUAUAACCGGAAGAACUACGUGGUGGAUUACAUAAACAGCCAGAAGCUUGAAAGAAUACCUCCCACAAGAUUGGAGGAAGGUAGAUCUCUCACAGAGGUUUUUCUGGACAAACAUAAGGGCGAUGCGAUUUCACAAAGUCCUUCGCACCAUAGAAAGUCCUUAUUCCUGCAACAAUCCUCACCGCUGAAGAAAGCAAUGAACAGCCCCAUCUUCAAGAGCCAAUCGUUUGCGGAAGACCUGACGUAUCCAGUACCGGCAAAAGAGAAAAAAGUACGUAGCACCAGAUUCACAAUACGCAACAUUAAAGAUAACGUGCCACUGACAACCAUAGCGGCCCCCCCAAUGUUUUUCUGUGCUGCCACUUCAAGUCUAAAGCUCCCUGAAGAUGAGGAAGUUAUGAAGUCUGUUGAGGAAGUUCAAAGGGAACAUUCCUCGUUCAUGUCGCCGACUAUUUCGAGCGAGAAUAAAAAUAUUCUUCCUAAGAUACAGAACACGCAAAAUGCUUUUGAUAAGUUACGGAGAGGAAAUUCUUUUUCGCCACAGAAAGAAAUGAAUAAACAUGAGAAAGAUGUCAAAAGCGUUUCUUGUAGGGAAAAUAUUCAUGAUGAUCAGUUUUGCGAACAUCAUUCUUAUCCUUUAAAUGAUGUUGAUAGUGAUACAAACUGCUUUACCGAUGUUAAUGCUUUUUCUACCAAAGAUGCGGCUUUCACUCAGGCUAUCAAUAAAUUGAGGGUUUCGGAUUGGAACAUCUCGUUGCGUGGUCUAUUGGAUAUUGUGGAAUUAUGCAAAAAUAAGGAAAAAGAUAUCUACCCUCAUAUGACAUCAAUCAACCAAAGACUGAUAGAACUGCUGAGAAGUCCCAGGUCACAUGUUUGCAGAACUGCUUGUCAAGCUGCUGGUCAUUUAUUCGAAUAUAUCAAAGAUACUAGGCGACCUGAAUUCGACGAGAUAGUUGACAACCUUCUAUGCAGAACAGCAGAUUCGAAUAAAUUUAUUCGGCAAGACGCAAAUUUGGCUCUGGACUGUAUGGUUACUUACAUCCCACCUCUGCACUCUGUAAGGGCUAUGUGCAUGAAGGGGCCCUACCACAAAAAUCACCUGGUGAGACUCGCCGUUGCCAGACUCCUCGUGUGCGUUGUUGUCAUAUCUGGUAGCGAUAAAAUUGUGGGUAGUUCGAGUACAGAUGGGACUAGGAAAAGGAUUUUUAUCAGUAUGGCCAGGUUUUUAAAUGACAUCAAUCUCGAGACAAGGAAAAUGGGGGAAAGGUUGUACAAACUGCUCAGUAAAGAACACAUGUUCGAAAUUCUGCUAAAAAAACACCUGGAAAAAGAAGACAUAACAUUAUUAAAGAAAAAUUUAAAAACAGUAGGGAGGCUCAACUAAACUAAAUAGGUAUACGUUAAAAUGUAGGUAUUUAUUGUAAAAAUAAAAAAC